AAGUUUUCAUCCCAUUAAACAGUGCAGUGCCUCCUCUGAGCUGCAUACAAAUAUCAUGCAAAUUCCUCACAGCAACAAAGAUAUGAAGACCCUGCUGGACUAGCCCUGAAACCCAAGACAGAAGGUAUAAAGAAAGGAAGAAGUUAAAGAAUCAAAGGCAGAUCCUCAAGUGGAGAGCAUUUGGGAUUCUUUUGUGCGGAUUGAGCAUCCAUAAGAAGAACAUUUUCUUCAGGUUUCUGGAAGUUCAGAAUAACUAUGGCUGCAUUGUGCACCUUCCAUUUGGGUUUAAAGCCUCUUCUCCUUGUUACAUUUCUUUUGGUUUGUGAUGGACAAAGUAGUACUAAAGAAGGUGGUGAACCUUCCUGCUAUGGAGGUUUUGACCUGUACUUCGUGUUGGACAAGUCUGGAAGUGUCCUAGACCACUGGAGUGAAAUAUACAACUUUGUGGAACAUUUGGCUGAGAGAUUUAUCAGCCCACAGCUCCGAAUGUCUUUCAUUGUGUUCUCCACAAGAGGAACAACAUUAAUGAGACUGACAGAUGACAGAGAUCAGAUCAACCUGGGGCUGGAGGAGCUACAGAAAGUUAUCCCUGGUGGAGACACUUAUAUGCAUGAAGGACUUCAAAGGGCUAGUGAACAGAUUUAUCACGAGAGCGACAAAGGUGACAGGACAGCAAGUGUUAUCAUCGCGCUGACAGAUGGCGAGCUGCACGAGGACCUCUUUUAUCGUGCAGAACAAGAGGCAAACAGAUCCCGUGAUUUGGGAGCCCAGGUGUAUUGUGUGGGGGUGAAAGACUUCAAUGAGACGCAGCUGGCUCGGAUAGCUGACAGCAAGGACCAUGUCUUCCCUGUAAACGGAGGCUUCGAGGCUCUUCAUAAUAUCAUAGGCUCGAUUCUCAAGAUGUCGUGUAUAGAAAUUCUAGCGGCAGAGCCUUCCAGUAUAUGCGCUGGAGAGUCCUUUCAAGUGGUUGUCAGAGGGAAUGGCUUCCGAUACGCCCGGAAUGUGGAUCGAGUUCUCUGCAGUUUUAGAAUGAAUGAUACAACUUCUCUAAAUGAAAAGCCCCUUGUCGUGGAGGACACAUACUUGCUGUGCCCCGCACCUGUUCUAGAAGAAGUUGGCAUGACGGCUACCCUCUACGUCAGCAUGAACGAUGGCGUCAGCUUCAUCUCUAGUUCUGUCAUCAUUACCAGCUCACAUUGUGCGGACGGGACCAUCUUGGCUAUUGCCCUGCUCAUCUUAUUUCUCCUUUUGGUUCUGGCGCUGCUGUGGUGGUUCUGGCCUCUGUGCUGCACUGUGAUGAUCAAAGCACCUCCCCCACCACCAGAAGAAGACAGUGAGGAGGAAGAGGAGGAUGGAUUGCCUAAAAAAAAGUGGCCUACGGUGGAUGCGUCUUAUUAUGGAGGACGAGGAGUGGGAGGAAUCAAAAGGAUGGAGGUGCGUUGGGGGGAAAAAGGUUCCACAGAAGAAGGAGCUAAGUUAGAGAAAGCCAAGAAUGCCAAGGUGAAGAUGCCAGAACAAGAGUUUGAGUUUCCCUCUCCAAAGAUUCUCAACAGCAAUUAUGGGAAGUCGAAUUAUUCUAGAAAGUGGUACUCCCCAAUUAAGGGCAAACUUGAUGCUUUGUGGCUUCUUCUGAGAAAAGGAUACAGUCGGGUGUCAGUGAUGAGACCACAGCCUGGAGAUAAGGGAAGAUGCAUCAAUUUCCAAAGAGAAAAGAAAUCAAUGCCACCUAGAUACCCACUAAACAAUGCCUCUCUUUAUACACCUCCGUCCAGUCCAAUCUACACACCACCCCAUAGCCCAAAUUAUACCCCUUCUCCUCCAAUAACUCCACCACCUCAACCAAUGCAAUCUCCUCCACCUGUUCCGUCUCCAACCAUCUGUCUUCCACCGCCACCCUUGGCUUCACCUUCAUUCAGAGCUCCACCACCCAGCAGGCCCCCUCCUCGACCUUCACUAUAGAUUGCUAUGUGCAGCCUUUUAUCUCCAGUACUACUGGGGAUGCAUUUUGAGAAGUUCUUCAUCUUGAAUGGAAGUGGUACUCAUUGGAACACCAUUGACCCAAAACCAUUAUCUAACCACUCAUAAACUUUAACUGAAUUGCGUUGUGGAUUCAUCCUCACUUAUGAAAUCCUGGACGAACUGCCAUCUCUACAUAUAUGUGGUCAACUAUGGAAACCAUUGAUGUAUUGGGUUGACAAAAGAAGAUUGAACUGAAUUUCCCCCACUCCAUCACCAAAUAUAAAAAAAAAAAAAAGUUCUUUAUCUUACCUCAUUGGUAACAAAGAAAUAACUUGGCUAUGGUCCAAAAGAGACAUCUAGAUGAGGAUCCAUUGGAGAACAAGCCUAAUUUGACAAGUUUAAGAAAGAUUCAUUAUCCUUAUGAAAAGUUACCUCUGAAGGAGCAUAUUGAGAGGCUCACAGUAAUGGGAGUUUCUUUACGUUCAUGUCGUCUUAUAAACUGCGUCUCAUUACCAAAAUAUGUGGGGUGGUCUUUAUAGAAAACAAGAUAUGAAAUAAUUUAAUUGUGAAAGAAAACUGUAUCAACUAUUGACCACUAUGGAACAGUUUUGAAGAUAAAUUAAACUAAUUUCAUAAUUUGAUACAUUGGGCACAUUAUUUUAAUGUAUUCAAGAUGUUCCUUGUACAAAAAUCAAGAAACGACAGCACCUACUGCUAAUUUCAAAAUAUAAACUAGACUGUGGAUGGCUUCAUUGGUUUCCUGGUGGAUCACAAUGAGCUAUGAAGAAACCAGAGUUUUUUAUUCUUCUUUCAGAGUAUUGAAAUGGCUUUGCCAUCUGUAGGUGUGCACACAUUUAACCAACAAGGAAGAUUUACAGAUUGUCAUCUUCUUAUUGAGGUUUCAAUGGAAAUAUAAAGUGAAAAGUAUUAAAUCCCAUCAGAGAAAGGGAUUCUACUCCAUAAGAAAAUUUAUGAGAUUGAACAGAAGGCUGGACCUUUGCAAUGAAAAGAAAAAACUGCUAUAGCAGAUUAUAUGAAAGAUUACUUUGGAACUUCGCAAUGCGUUGCUGGGUCCUCUGCCAUAGAGGAAUAAUGGGUUAACCAAUAACAUGUAUACACUUGCAUUGUCUUUUGAAAUAGCUGUAAUGUAGAAUAUUGCUUUUGUAGUAUAGGGGGGCACUGGGCAUUGCUUAUAGGGGUAAUUUCUUGUUUAUCAUCUGCUUUCUUUUUGGAACACAAAAUUCACAUUACAUGUUCACUUUUAUUUUACAGUGAUGACUGCAAGUUGCAAAAAUGUUUAUUUAUUUUAGCAAAAUAUGGUGAAAUAUGAGGAAUGUGCAUGAAAUGGAAGGAAUCUGUGAAAGGGGGAGCGUUAAAAAAAGAAAGAAGUAAAAUUGAUAACGUUAUUAAAGGGAAUGUGUCAUCAGAAAAUUACCUAUUGUGUAAAUCGAGUUUUUUUAAUUAUUAACUAUAUUUUUUUUUUAUUUAAAGAAAAAAUAUUUUUUUUCCUAUGGCACUACCUAUAUUAUGGAAAAAUCCUAAAAUCCUGCAGCUUCCACACUGGACACUAAGGAGCACAUUUAUUAAGACUGGCAUUUUAGAUGCCAGACUUAAUAAGCUCCUGCACUGGCGGUAGAUCUGCUGAAGUUAUGUAGAGGCGCAGGACUUCAUAACUUCAGCGGAUCCACCUCCACUUCUAAAUGUCUUACAUUUGGACCUUUUUCUACGCCUAUCCUGUUCCCUGCCCACACCACGCCCACUUUUUUAGACCUGGCGUUAGCGGGGAAUUCUUUGUCCUGCAAUCUGCGCCAGAAAUACGCCUAAUUUAGUCGUAUUUGGUUGAAUAAAUGACCCCCUAAGAAUCAUUAUAUAUAUAGAUUUUAUAACAAUACAAUAGGUGAUAUAUAAUUAUAUAUUUACCCCUCUCUACACAAUGACCUCUGUACAGGUCACAGAACUUGUCUAGUAGCUCUCCCAUAAUAUUCAAUGAGUUCCUUCCAGCCUAUGUGGCUGCUAUAAAGCAUAUCUCAAAAUGCUGUUAUUUUUUUUUAAAUACGAGCAGAAAACUAAACACAUUUGUAAAAAAAUGAUAUGUGUCAAUAUCUGGUUUUAAUUGGCCAAAAUUUUUUAGGUGAUAAAUUCCCUUUAAUAUUUGCUGUUUGGUAUGCAAAGUGGAGACUAGUGACAGUGGAAGUUUAAAUGGAAAGAAAAGCAUAGCAUAAAACAGACGGAAACAUGGUGACAAGGUGUACUGUAGGAACCUUUGCAAACAGCUUGGUAAACUUAUUUAUCACAGAUAGUAGGACUGUGUAACUGUUGUCUUUUUAAGAUAUCUAUGUUUGUGCCAGUGCAUUUAGUAUGGACUACUUAACUUUAAAGAAGACUAAACCAAUAGUCUGACUAUCAUUCCCUGUUAUUCGCAAUUUCAGGCUAAGGAGAGGAUGAAAAAUGUCCAGUUCUGAGAAAAUCCAGAGACAUUUACAGAUUUUACAGAUGUGUCACUGAUAUCAGAAGCUGCUUCACAAGCUUUACUGUCAUAAGAUGCCAACAUUGGCUUACUGCUCUUUUAAACACAGGAUAAUCUAUGAUGUUUGUGUGUAGUGUUAGAUACCUUCAUUUCAAGUUCUUUGUUGUCUGCGGGUAAGAUAGAUAGUGCACCUUUUCAUAUAUGAAAACUUAUCACAUAGCAAUCUUUUCCAGACAGUUUUAAAUUAUAUUAGACUCCACCAAUCCCAUAACAGUAGUCUUGCUGUGUAGUCUGGACAUCCCCCUGUAACAGCAGUCCUGCUGUGUAGUCUAGAGAACCCCCUAUAACAGUAGUCUUGCUUUGUAGUCUGGACCGCCCCCUAUAACAGUAAUCUGGCUGUGUAUUCUAGAGAACCUCCUAAAACAGUACUCUUGCUUUGUAGUCCGAACCGCCCCCUAUAACAGUAGUCCUGCUGUGUAGUCAAUACUGCCCCCUAUAACAAUAAUCUGGCUGUGUGGUCUAGAGAUCCCCCUAUAACAGUAGUGCUGCCGUGUAGUCCAGACUGCCCCCUAUAACAGUAAUCUGGCUGCGUAGUCUAGAGAACCCCCUAUAACAGUAGUCCUGCUGUGUAGUUAAGACUGCCCCCUAUAAAAAUAAUCUGGCUGUGUGGUCUAGAGAUCCCCCUAUAACAGUAGUCUUGCUUUGUAGUCUGGACCACCCCCUAUAACAGUAAUCUGGCUGUGUGGUCUAGAGAACCCCCUAUAACAGUAGUCUUGCUUUAUAGUUCGGACUGCCCCUUAUAACAGUAAUCUGGCUGUGUAGUCUAGAGAACCUCCUAGAACAGCAGUCCUGCUGUGCAGGGGCGUAACUACCAUAGUGGCAGACCAUGCAACUGCUAUGGGGUCCAGGGCAAGAGGGGGUCCAGUUGGGAUCAUCUCCUCUUCUACUGGAGGUUAAAACUUGGUCAGGACUCUACCCUCUAAAGCAGGGUUUCUCAACUCCGGUCCUCGGGAACCAGCUACCAGUCAGGAUUUGAGAAUAUCCCACAGAAUAAAUACCUGUGGUAAGUCCUGAUGCAUGGACACUAAUUAUAUCGCCUGCUCAAUACUGAGGAAAUCCUGAAAUCAUGACUGGUAGGUGGGUCCUGAGGACUGGAGUUGAGAAACCCUGCUCUAAAGGAACAUCUUUUAGCAAAUGAGGCAGUGAAAUAAAAAUGGUGCAAGGGUCAUUGAAAAAGGUUUAGGCAGAAACUCUUCUGUCCUGUGUGGGGGGCUUGGUUUGAUCCUUGCUAUGGGGCCCUUACUUCUCUAUGUACGCCACUGCUGCUGUGUAUUCCAGACUGCCCCCUAUAACAAUAAUCUGUCUGUGUAGUCUAGAAACCCCCUAGAACAGCAGUAUUCAUUUCCGUGUACCUCAAUAUAAUGUCAGUUUGUGUAGUCUUCUCCACCUUCUUUAAAGGGGUUUUCAGGAUUUUCUGUGGAUUAAUCCUCUUUAUUGACUAUAUGAAGAGGCUCCAGUGCUCCGUGAGCACUUAGGCCUCUGCCUGGGCCAUGUGGCAUCACAUUCAUUGGUCACAUGGCCUAGGCGCAGCACAGUCCCAUUUAAUGUAAUAUAAUGUUCCCAUCAGCCCUGGCACAUUCAUCGUUAUUUACAACAGAACCUGGAGUAAAUCAUGACUAAAAUAUACUCCAAGCUCCCUUAGAUUUUAUUGUGGCGCACAAUCUGCCGGAGAAGUCAGGUCAUUUAUGAUGAGUCUUGCACCUUGUCAUAAAUUACAUGCCUCCUCCAGCAGCACAGGCCCCAUCAAGACCGGCAUAGCACAUUCCAGUCUUAUUAAAUCAGGGCCUAUGUCUUCAUUAUAAUAACUAUUUAAAGAGCAUCUUUCAGCAGAUUUGACCAUGUGAAACUGCUGAUAGCACUAGGAGGGGGUUGGGGAGAACAGGUCAACAUACCUUUUUUGGGGAGCUUUUCUCAUCAGGAUUAUUGUGAAAAUGAAAUUUUAUUCUCCCAGAUUCUGUUCUUUGAAGUGCCAAGAAAACUUGAAGAGCCUCCUGCAUUGAGCUGGUUAUAGCCCCUCCCCCUGCUCUGAGUGACAGAUGUAGCAGUCUCCAGGUUUGGAUACUACAGACAUUACUCAGAGUAGUGGGAAGGGGCUGUGAACACCUGAAUGCAGAGAACACUUCACAGUGAUGCUCCGCCUCCUGGCGACUUUCAAGAACAGAAUCUGGCAAAAUAAAACUUCAUAUUCAUACUACUCCUGAUGAGAAAAGCUUCACAAAAGGUAUGUUCGCUACGCGCUACCCCGGUCCUACUUAGUGCUAUCAGCAAGUUAGCAUGGUCAAACUGUUGACAGACUCUCUUUAACUGUUUUCCUUUUGGAUUACUCACUGCUGAAUGAACAUUAAAUCUUGUGGCCAAAUACCAAUUUCCCAUGUAAUAGAUAUCAUGAAGAUGAAUGAUGACAAACUGUUGUCAGUGAUCAGUCUCAUAUGUCAGUGUUUGCAGUUUUCAUGUAAUUUCAUUUUGAAACCUUCUAUAUUGUGGACUUCUGCAGUUGUCCUGCCUCUGUUGUAGAAAGCAUACAGUGCUCCUAUAACUGAUUUUACUUCAUGCCUGUCUAGAUAGCAGAUGUAAGAUAUUUUUUCGCCCAAGCAGGACUUGUCGUAUGGAAUAUUGUCAUACAAGUUUUCCUCUUACUGGAAUAUGUUAGAAUAUUCACUAUCCUUGUACUGACAAACAAUAAACUGUUAUAUUACCACGG